AUGUCGGGCGGUCCCAUGCGCAUCACAGACGACGAGCUCGCGCGCGAGGUCGAAGCGCUCAAAUCGCAUCGCAGGCUCUCGGUCAAUCGUCCCGUCCUCGACCCGGACCUUCCCGACCUUGCCGCUUCCUACGGCGGUGGACAGGAAUUGCUCUCGAUUCCGUCCCCGGAGCGCGAAAGGCGCGGAUACAGCUUGGUGGAUGACGGCGCAGUGCCAAUACGCACAUCUUCCUCCUCCGCCUCCUCGGCCAACAGCAGCUACACCAAUGAACGCGCCACUUUCACCGCAAGGCGUAGAGGCCAAGGCUCCUCCGACCGCUCCUCCGGCUCAGAGCCUCUCUCGGCCUCACCCACCCGCCUUUCCCCUGUCACCGCUUCACCCACCUCCGAUAACUUUGACACCGCCAGGGCGCUCGCCACCUCGCCCACCAGCAUUUCUUCCAGCGGCUCCCAAUCGCCCAAGGAUCCCAGCCAUCUCUUCUGGGUCCCCGCCUCUGUGCAUCCUGAAAUCUCGCCCUCGGACUUUCGCAACUUUAUCAAGGAGCACGCUGCUCGCGCGGUCAUCCAGCAUGCCGGCGCAGACGAUGCAGAGGCCCACGACGACGAUACAUUGCCGCCGCUCGUCGUUGGCGACUCGCCCAUCGCGCAUCGACUCAAUUCUGUGCGUCGUCAGCAGCAGGAGCAGCAGCACGAUCCCAACGAUGCGCGCGGGGCGCUGCUCGGUCGCGCCACCUCGCUCUCACGACGCGGAAGCACGCUCCGGCGCCAGUAUCGUCCCGAACAAGAUACAGAAGACAGUGAAGACGACAGACCCCCGCGUCCGCUCCAGCGCAAUCGGAGUGGCUUGAGCAGAGGCGCCUAUGGGUUAGCUAUCCCCAACCUUACCAUCGAUGACCUGCAAAAGCUCGAAGCGGCCGCCGAGCAGGCUAGCCAGAGCCAAGACCCCGCCAUGCUGCGCAGCGUCCUCCGCCGCACCCUCAGCCUCAACACCACGCCCGACCUCGACACGAUUGAUGCCAUGCCUGCCGAGCCCAUCGAGGAUCCCGAUGCGCCCAUCAUUGUUCCCAAGCCAGGUCAGAUCUUGCGACGAGCUGCACGCACAAAGAUGCGCAAGGCGUCGGGCGACUCAACAAGAGGCAGUCUCGCUUCGCGACGACGUGCGCCUCGCAGUUCGACCGAUGACGUCUCCUCGGCCCCGUCCGAAGGCAGCCGCGCGUGGGAGCUGCAGCACAGCAGCACCGAGGACAUGGAGAGGCGCCACAGUGGUCACUCGGAGUUGUCUAGCAAUGCCGAUGACGACUCGUCCGCGGGGGAUAGCUCGUCGCGUCCCGUUUCGACGGAAGCGACCGACUCGAUCGUAGACGCCUACUCGCGUGAUUCCUAUCAAUCGGAUGCAUCGCAACGGACCAGCCUGACCUCGGCUGUGGAUAGCACAGGCUCCGAAGCUAGUGCUUUGGGUGGGACCGUUGCACGCACCAGUUCUUCGCCUUCGCCACCACAUACACCUACGCAGGAAUCGGCCACCAGCUUGGCCUCUACCCAGCCCGGCCUGGACGGCGGCGACGGAACGCCCGUUGCAUCGCAGAAAGCUGCACCGCGGUUCGUAGACCCACUCGAGACUCCUCGACCCGACGGAUACACGGCCGGAAGCAACCAGAUCAAGCCCAUCGCUGUUUCGCAUCUGCCGCCCGUGCCUGCGUUCGAAAAGACGCUUCCGCAGCAGCACCAACAGAAGCAAGCGCCUCGCCCUCCUUUGGCGGGCACCAGCCAGCCAUCGUACACCUCGACGCAGGAUCUGCAACGGCGCGAUGGACAUGCCGUUCAAAGACCUCAGAUCGCGCCCAUCGUCACUUCUUCUCAGCAGCCGCAGCAGGCGCAGGCGCAACGGCAAUCUCAUGCGCCACCACCGCCCGUCUCAUCGCCGCCGCCCUCUCAAAAGCAUAAGGAAAAGGAGCGCAAGGGCGCUUUUGGUCUGUCCUGGUUUGGACUGGGCAAGGACGACGACGACGAUCGCGUCAAAGUGGAAAAGGAGACGCAGAGGAAGCGCGAAAAGCACGAGAAGCGUGAACGCAAGGAGCGAGAAAGAGAGGAAAAGGAAAGGGAGGAGAGCAGCUCCUCGAGCUUCCUCGGUGCGCUCUUUGGUAAGAAGAAAGGCAACGACGAGGCGUCUGCUCAGACCGGCCCGCGUCCGCAUAACAGUCAACUCACCGCCGGCAGCUUGUUGGAGCGCAACGAGAUGGGCAUGUCUGGCAAAGGCGGCGCCUACUUUUACUCACGCUAUCCGAUCCACAUCGAACGCGCCGUCUACCGUUUGAGUCAUAUCAAGCUGGCCAACCCGCGUCGCCCUCUGUACGAGCAGGUGCUCAUCUCAAAUCUGAUGUUCUGGUACCUGAGCAUCAUCAACCGGUCCAGUCAAGGUCAGUACGGUGGAACGCAACCUCAACAGCCCGGUCAAGAGCAACAAAGUCACAGCAACAGCAACGCGCAAAUCUCUGAGCAGAGUGGCCACAAUGCCUCAGGUCUAGCUUCGGCAAGCGCCGGUCCCAAUGGAUAUGCGUCUGCCUCGCCUUCGCACGUCGAAACUGCGAGUGCGUACGAUGGUAUGGACACGUCCUCCAGCAGUCCCGACUCGGAAGACUUGUCGAGCACCGAGCAGUGGAAUCAGAACAGCGGGGCCAGCGCGGCAACCAAGCAGAAGCGCAACGGGCUGGUCAAGCCGAAUCGCGCUCCAGCGGGUGCGCAUCGUGGUCGAGCUGCAGAGACGCCGAUGCGACAGCCUGGGUAUGGCAUGCAACACCGGCAGAUCGACGACGACCUUAAGACUAUGGGCUCGCACGCGGGACAAGUGGGUGGAUCGACGGGCUUUGUAGUGGGACAGGUGGUGGACGUCAAGGCCCUGCAAGCCAACACGCCGUAUCGGCUGGUGCCUGACCCGCGCUCUGCUGACGGAUCCAGCCAUCAGGAUCAGGCCAAGUCGGCGACGACCGAUUAUCUCGGGCUCGGCAAUCAGCUUGAGUAUUCGGAUCCGCUGUGGCCCGGCAGCUCGUCCUCAGAGGAAGAGAUGGGCAGAUCGACGCACAAGCCUGCAGCGCGGCCGGCAAGUCUUGGCACGGAUGGCACGCAGCAGCAGGCCGAUGACUACCGAAGGGGUCAGGGGCAUGCGGAAAACUUGUCUAUCGAGCGCAAGCACAGCUCCAGUCCAAGUCGGCCGUACAGAUCAGAAGCUGAAAAGGAGCGCGCCUGGCUAGGUAUGCGCAACAGCAACAGCUCUGGACGUGCGUCGCCCACGCACGGAUCUCAUGGCUACGGAUCGAUCUCGCAGCAGCAGCAAAGCACGAUGGAUGCAGACGGGCACGAGCAUCGAGACACGGAACGAUCCGGCGUGGAAAGCCAUCCACAGGGCCGCAGCAUGUCUGUCGGCGGGAUCGGAGCGAUGAAUCGCACAGGAGACUGGGGCAGCAAGUCGACGUCGUCGUCCUCGUUAUCGUACCGGCCUGCGGACCGAUCGCGCAAAGUGUCUAUGGGUCACCUAAGCCCGUCUUCGUCGAGUCAAGGGCUGGUUUCGUCGUCCACUUCGACCAGCUCCGCGUCGUCGUUCGGUACGAUUGACGAGAACGGCAGCGGCGGAAGAGCAGGAACAGGAACAGGAACAGGAACAGGAGCUGGAAAAGUGCACGGCGGCAUGUCGUCGUCUUCGAGCCCCUCGGCUCUGGACUACGGUGGUAAAGGCAGCAGCGGUGGAUUAGGGGCGGGGGCGAACGGCCAAGAGAUUCAUUUUCCGAUGGCACCAGGGUCGAGUGCGAUGCUGGAGGCGGCUCGGACGAGUCAGUCCCGGCGAAGAUGA